AGAAUUUGGAAUGAAAGAUAGCGUAUUUUGUUCGACAUAUUCAUGCACGAAUCGUUUUUCUACAGAUGAUGAGCCUGAGUGCAGAUAUAAUGCCACAGUACCGUCAAGAAGCCCCCAAAACCCCGCCACACAUCCUGUUGCACUACUGUGCAUUCAAAGCCAUCUGGGAUUGGAUCAUACUUUGCCUCACCUUCUACACAGCAAUCAUGGUACCCUACAACGUAGCCUUCAAGAACAAGACCUCAGAAGAUGUAUCCUUGCUAGUGGUGGACUCGAUCGUCGACGUGAUCUUUUUCAUCGACAUAGUGCUCAACUUCCAUACGACAUUCGUGGGACCCGGUGGAGAAGUCGUAUCGGACCCCAAAGUGAUACGGAUGAACUAUCUCAAGAGCUGGUUCAUCAUCGACCUACUGAGUUGUUUGCCUUAUGACGUUUUCAAUGCUUUCGACCACGACGAAGAUGGAAUUGGAAGCUUAUUCAGCGCCUUAAAAGUAGUGAGACUGCUGCGACUUGGCCGAGUAGUGAGAAAAUUAGACAGAUAUUUGGAAUAUGGUGCUGCUAUGUUAAUACUGCUUUUAUGUUUCUACAUGCUGGUCGCUCAUUGGCUUGCUUGUAUAUGGUACUCCAUUGGUCGCUCGGAUGCCGACAACGGCGUCCAGUACAGUUGGCUUUGGAAGCUGGCUAACGUCACCCAAAACCCGUACUCCUACGUGUGGCCAAACGACUCGAGCACUCCAGAGCUAAUCAAUGGUCCUUCGAGGAAAACCAUGUACGUCACCGCUCUGUACUUCACUAUGACCUGCAUGACUUCAGUGGGGUUUGGCAAUGUCGCAGCGGAAACCGACAACGAGAGGAUAUUCACAAUUUGCAUGAUGAUCAUUGCUGCCCUAUUAUACGCCACCAUCUUCGGUCACGUGACUACCAUCAUCCAACAAAUGACGUCGGCAACUGCAAAGUACCAUGACAUGUUGAACAACGUUAGGGAGUUCAUGAAGUUGCACGAAGUACCGAAGGCGCUGUCAGAACGGGUAAUGGACUACGUGGUGUCUACCUGGGCCAUGACCAAAGGGCUCGAUCAGGAUAAAGUACUGAAUUUCUGCCCAAAGGACAUGAAAGCAGACAUCUGUGUCCAUUUGAACAGAAAGGUAUUCAACGAACACCCAGCAUUCCGACUUGCAUCUGAUGGUUGCCUGAGGGCCUUGGCAAUGCAUUUCCAAAUGUCUCAUUCUGCGCCAGGAGACUUGCUCUACCACACCGGAGAAUCCAUCGAUUCUCUUUGUUUCAUCGUCACUGGAUCACUGGAAGUGAUACAGGACGACGAAGUGGUUGCUAUAUUAGGUAAAGGUGACGUGUUUGGUGAUUCUUUCUGGAAAGACAACGCAGUGGGCCAAUCUGCAGCGAAUGUGCGCGCGUUAACUUACUGUGAUUUGCAUACGAUAAAAAGGGACAAACUGUUAGAGGUUUUAGACUUUUACCAAGCGUUCGCGAAUAGCUUUGCUAGGAAUUUAAUUCUCACGUACAAUCUAAGACAUCGACUUAUAUUUAGGAAGGUAGCGGAUGUUAAGAGAGAAAAAGAAUUGGCGGAAAGGAGAAAGAAUGAACCACAAUUGGAUCAAAAUCAGGACCACUUGGUGCGUAAGAUCUUUUCGAAGUUCCGUCGAGAUAGAAGCCAACAUACAGCUGUUCCACCUGCAAGCGCUCAAGCUGACGUGGAGAAAGGAGGAGACGAAGCUGAUAAGGGCAUUUCCAGGGUGAUGUCCACCACAAAGCUGUCAGCUGUCGCCGAAAAAGAUGACAGUAGUGGUGGUGGAGUCAAGACUACCGUUGCUAGACCAGCUACAGUUCGUGCUAGCAAAUGGGGUAGACUACUAGGCUCCGCGAGUUUGGAUUCUGGCUCAGAAACUUCUGCAGUACCUCAAGCAUUCACUAGAAGUCUCAGUGCAAAGGAUCCCAAAGAAAGGCCUAGUUCAUCGUCGUCAGGAGGAUCUGCAAGCCAGCCUACACCAGGUUCUGGGAACAAAAUAUUUCCUAAGCUCCAAAAGGUUUCUGCAACGACAAGUCCUGGGAUCACCCGCCAGGAUACUAUCGAUGAAGUGGGCGAGGUAGAACAGCAACCUCGCAACCUGUCCCUGAGGAAGAUGCUGAGCUACGAUUGUGGUCUCAGAGACCCGUCGGUCGCUUCCAUGUAUCAAACUGCCGUCCCACUUUCAGCUCAGGAGCACCUCGCGCCUGCGGAGUACAAGGAGAUCAUCACCAAUCUCAUGGAUUUCAAGGUUGAUGUAAAGCUCGAGAUUCAACGCGUCAACCAAAAGGUGAACAGGAUAGAAGAAAUGAUUUCGGAACUUUUAAAAAGAUUGACGCCCCCUGGUGCCACCUCUCAAGCAGGCGACAGUGGUGGUUCCGGUGGUUCCCAGUCUCCCAACGAAAACGACACAAAAAAGUCUUCCAACAGUGCCCAUCCUGCAGAAAGACCCACAGAGUUGAUUCCCAGGGCGGAGGGUACUGGACUUGGGCCAAUCAUACUGAAGAAGAGGAGAUCGAAAACAAGGAUUAAGGGUACAGCUCCUCUGGCUCCUACACCUUCUUCGGGAGGUAUGAAGGGUCUUUCAUCAAAUAUUACUUCUCCAGUAUCAGACAGUGCCGCUGCUAGCCCUACGGAAACAACAAAAAUGCUCCAGGAUGACCCACCAUCACUUCAGACCCCGUCCUCUAGAAAACCAAAGGACUUUCUUUAACACCAUCGAUUCUUGCACCUAGCCCUACAUUUUAGCAGUCGUAGUAUUGUAACUUAUAUGCUUAAUGGUAGACUGAAAACAAGUAAUAUCGCCCAGACGUAAUUCAUGUUGAAUUUCAAUGUCUCAGAAAGCUUUGUACGAACCUGAGAAUCUGUUCUCAGGUGAGGAAAUAAGUGUUAGUAAGAAGUAUUGACUUUCAACAUAUGGGUUUCUGAUCUGGCUGAAUUAAGGUUUAAGCUAGAAAUAUAACUUACAAAACUACUUCAAACAUUUCUCACGGGUUGCUCUUAAGCUGGC